AUGGACAGCGCUAUAAACAUGAAAGAGAGGAGUGAUGCAAGAAAGAUGAAGACAGACAAAGAACACACCGAAAACAUUGGCCUUCCCCUGAAUCUGCUUGAAAAGCAUGACCCUUGGCCAGCCUAUGUCACAUACACCUCCCCUGUGGUGAAAAGACUCAUUGAGAAAAACAGAGCUCGAGAGCUGGAAUGCAUGCAGACCAUCGAGGAAGGCCGGCGGGGGUCAAGGCACACCAAGUCUUCCAGCGUCAUUCAACUGAAACGGCGGAAGCCCCACAAAUCCUCCAGCGAGGUUGUGUUGAAGGACGCGCUGUCAGAGACCACGUUAUCGGUUUGGGGCACUUGCUCUGUAAUGGCCAUGGCCCCCACUGCUCUCCCAGAACCCACACGCUUUGUUACAGAUUCCAGAGACUGUCCCACCACCAACUAUAACAAGAUCAUCUUCUCCCGAAAGCCCAUGAUGAGGAUGGUCCCCUACAGCUCACUACUGGCCAGCAAAGAGAGACAUCCCAGUGUUUAG